GAUGUCAGCUGUGGGUGUCCGUUGACUUCCUGGUUGGAUUCGACUUUCUGUCAACAAAGCGGCGGCAGACUUCAGCUAACGCUACGUAUAUCUGGAAAAACCCGGUUUGACUCCGGUACCGGUCCAAAAACUCGCCUCUUUCUUUCCUGCCGGCUGUGUUCAGAUGUAAGAUGACUUUUUACAGAGUUUUCUCGGCGGUUCUCGUCCCGGUAUGCUGGCUGUUGGUGUCCGCGGUGAAGGAUGAUGUGUCCGUAGGUGUGGGCUCCACCGCGGGGCACAAACCCGCCGUGACCAACUCCAGCGGGCUGAACUCCACGCAGGGCCACGAAAGGCCGUUUACAAGCUUCACCGUGGACAGCUCCAUGAUCCAGAGGGCCCUGUACGUCCUCAUCGGCAUCACCAUGAUCGGAGUCCUCUACUUCCUCAUCCGAGCCGUGAGGCUAAAGAAACCUGCUCAGAGGAAGAAGUACGGCCUGCUGUCGAACUACGACGACUCUGUGGAGAUGGAGGCGGUGGAGAGUGACGAGGACGACACGCUGUACGAAGCUCGCAGCCUCCGCAGAUGAGUCCUGUUCUUCGCCCUCUGAUGGAUCAGACCCCUGCAGCUGAUAUUGAUUAUGGAUUUUGGGGAGAAAGCACUGACCAAGGACUGCUGGAGGUUGAAAAAAAAAGGACCAAGUAGUCAGUGAAAAUAAAUGCCAAAGCUCAGAGCUGCUCAAGGAACCAGAGCAGGAUAAAGAGUUUUUUUUUUUUUUUUUUUAUGUGGUGUUGAAUGGUAGAGGUGACAUUUCUGUGGAUCCUCAUGAGGCCAAACAUUCCUCUUCUUUUCAUUAUUAUUAUUAUUAUUAUUAUCAUCAUCAUUUCAGUCUUUUUCUGAGAAUUUCCUCAGUUGUAUUUUUUCGCUUUGAGCUUUUCUGCUCCAACUCCGUGCUUUAAACUACUGUAAACUGACUGCAGAUCAGCCAGACGACCUGCACACUCCUGUUCACACCAGGCGGCAGCAGCAGCAGCGAUCGAUGUGUGAUUGAUCAGUAUUGAUCUCAGACUCUGACCCUCCAACCGGCAGAUAUGAGUUGUUGGAAAACCCUCGCGGUAUUGAGUUUAAUUUCUGGCUUGUUUAAGCUAAAAAGAAAAUUUUUCUAUAAAUCUGUGAUUACUAAUAAUUGUGGAGGCUCUGCGACUUUUGCUCUAGCAGCACAGCGAGGUUCAUAUUUGUACACAAGAAUAUUAAACUCUAAUUUUCUAAAUUAAAUGAACUUUUUAUUGUC